AUGUCUAGUGCGCGAACAAAAGUAGAGCAAAGAGAUCCGUUUACUGGCACUCAAACCAGCCGUCCUCCCCAAAGAAAAGUCGCUGCUAAGGGGAAAAAAAGAGAAUACGAAGCUGUAGCAUCCACAAGUGCCAUGUCCACAUCAGGUUACCAGCCUGUUGUCAAAAGGCCCAAGUCAUUCGGUGUCUCGCUGCAGCGUUUGAUGGAUAGUUUUUUUCAAGCAAUGAGGGAAAUCAUCGAAAACAAAGCAAGGCCCAUCAUUGACAAGCCCAGUAAAUUGGAUGCGCUCAAAAAUACAUUACUCUCGGUGAAGAAACUACCCCUAGGUGCUAUUACUACUGCUGAAAAGAUUUGUCAAUGUGCCAAAGAUGAGUUGAAAAAUCAUCUUGAACACCAUGGUACUAAGCAAAACUUUCAGUACUUUCAAGAGUACGUCAAGGAUUAUUUCGAUGCUAUUGUAGUAUCUUUACAGCCUCAGGCCACUACGCCUACAUCCACUGGUGAAAGUGCAUCCAUUCCAGCUACACCAGUUAUUACUCCUUCUGACUCUGUAGCGUUUCUUCAUCGCGACCUCUCUGGCAUGGACAUGGCAUCCGACAUGUCUUCUGUGUCUGGCGCCCCUUCACAUGCAGCAAUGUCUUCAAUCUCGCAUAAUCCCUCUGAUAUAUAUCCAUGGUUGAAGCUCCCCCCAGACAAUGUAGAAUACCGCACUUGUACCGUGUCUUUCAAGAGCCUUUUACGGAAGGAUGUGCCUUACGAUCUUGUCGAGUCAUUUUUGCAGAAGCUAAAUACUGCAUUGCACGAUGUAUCCGACUAUGUUAUAGACUUGCAAUUGGUGGUAUACACAUUGAUGCUCUCAAUGAUGUCCUCGCAGCUCGUAGCUCAUAGUGGUAAUAUUCAGCUGAAGAAAGCUCGUGGUUUCCAAAUACAAGGCAUCCUCCCAGCAGGCUACAAUAUGAAAACUGAUGUCAUUACAUCUGCUCCUCCAUUACCCUCUAAUGACUUGAAGUUUACGGCUUUUUGCAACGGUGUCAAGGAUCUUUUCCAGAGCAGACACAUUGAUUGCCUGCAUACUGCUUUGUUUGGCCAAAGAGGUACCAAGAUCUCGCAUCCUACAUUUGCUGCUCUGUCGUCCGCCAAUGAGCCAAUACUCGAUGCUAUCGCAAGGGAUACGCCUCAACCUGCUAAUGAACUCAUGAUGGUGGCUCGAGGACUGUACAGAACAAAUCUCGAAAACAUGUGGGCAAGUAAUAAGGCAUUUAACAGAUCACUGAACAAGCUACUGGAGAUCCUUCUUCGCGUGCAUCUCGCUCCAAAACGAGAGUCGCAUUACUGGGAGCUUCAGCAGACCAAAGCAAAGAAGCAACCCAAGCAAGUUGUCAAGUCGAUCAGAAACUCGUUUCGCAGCGCCAUCCGAUCAGAGAAGUACAAACUUCAAAGAUAUCAAAGAAAGGCACAGGGCAAACCAGAAGACAACAACUAG